UAAUCGACCCUUUUGGAGCAGUUGGCUUUCUUCAGAAUAAAAAAUAUAUUAUUAUGCAGUAAAUUUGUAUCCUCAUUACUAAAGAAAGAAAAAAAAAACCAUUCAACGAUGCCAGGAUCCGGGGAUAAUGCAGCCGAACUCGGAGAAAUCGAAAACGUGCGAGUUGUGGUUCGUGUUCGACCCCUGAAUGGAAAAGAAAUCCACUGCAAAACCGUAACAAAAGUCGACUCUUUAAACGCAGAAAUUACAGUCGAAAAUCCAAACGCAACUCAUGGAGAACCCCCGAAAGUAUUUUCCUUCGACGCUGUGUUUGAUACAAAUUCAACCCAAGUCGAUAUUUACAAUGAAACUGCUCGUCCCAUUGUUGACAAAGUCUUGCAAGGCUAUAAUGGAACAAUUUUUGCCUAUGGACAAACUGGCACAGGAAAAACCUAUACUAUGUCAGGGUCGAAAACCUCCCCUCAACUCAGGGGCAUUAUUCCAAAUACUUUUGCUCACAUUUUUGGACAUAUUGCAAAGGCUGAUGAAAAUCAAAAGUUUUUGGUUCGAGCGACUUAUUUGGAAAUUUAUAAUGAGGAAGUCAGGGAUUUGUUAGGAAAAGAUCAGAAUACGAGACUCGAAGUUAAGGAGAGACCAGAUAUUGGGGUUUUUGUUAAAGACCUGAGUGGAUAUGUUGUUAACAAUGCUGACGAUUUGGACAGAAUUAUGACGCUUGGAAAUAAAAAUCGAGUGGUAGGGGCAACAGCAAUGAAUGUUUCGAGUUCAAGAUCCCAUGCAAUUUUUUCAAUUACUGUUGAAUCGAGUCAACCCGGCGAAGAUGGCGAACAGCACGUAAAAAUGGGAAAGCUUCAUUUAGUCGAUUUGGCUGGCUCGGAGCGCCAAAGCAAGACGAAAGCGAGUGGAGUUCGUUUGAGGGAAGCUACAAAAAUUAAUUUGUCGCUUUCAACAUUGGGUAAUGUUAUUUCGGCCCUCGUCGACGGUCAAAGCUCACAUGUGCCUUACAGAAAUUCAAAAUUGACGAGAUUGCUGCAAGAUUCUCUGGGUGGUAAUUCCAAAACUCUGAUGUGUGCUAACAUAAGUCCAGCAGAUUUAAAUUACGACGAAACCAUCAGCACUCUUCGUUAUGCGAACAGAGCGAAAAAUAUCAAGAACAGAGCGCGAGUGAACGAAGAUCCAAAAGAUGCGCUUCUUCGUCAAUUUCAGGUUGAAAUAGAAGAGCUGCGCAAACAACUGGAACAAAAUGCGACCGAAAUUUCGGAAACGGAGGCUGACUCGGAUGAUUCUGUGGAGACUGGAACUGAAACUGGAACUGGAGAAACGCGGAAAGAGAGAAAAGCGAGGCACAGAAGAAGUCAAAUGAUGACGAUGGAGGAACUUGAAGACAGAUUAGAAGAAGGAGAAAAAGUUGAUAAGGCUGAAAAAGAUGACAAGAGUUCUGAUGACAAUGAUGUCAUUGAAUUAAAGCGCACCCAGAGUGAAAAGGAAGCAUUAAGAGAUAAAAUGCAGAAUCUUCAGAACAAGAUCCUAGUUGGUGGUGAAAAUCUUUUGGAAAAAGCAGAAGCUCAGGAACGACUUUUGGCAGCUUCUGCAAUUGAAUUAGAAGAGAGAAAGAGUCGUGAAGAACAACUGAAAAAGGCAAUAGAAGAAAAAGAAGCAGAAAGAAUAGAUAUAGAGGAAAAAUAUAAUUCUUUACAAGAAGAGGCUGCCGGAAAAACGAAAAAACUGGCCAGAAUUCAAACCAUGCUUUUAUCAGCGAAAGCAGAACUCUCUGAUUUACAAGAAGAGCAUCAACGAGAAAUGGAGGGGCUUUUGGAAUGUGUGAGAGGAAUCGGAAGAGAAUUACAACUUCAGGAACUUAUUUUGAAUAGUUAUAUACCUGCUCAGUACCAAACUAUGAUUGAAAGAUAUGUUCACUGGAACGAAGAUAUUGGCGAAUGGCAAUUAAAAUGUGUAGCAUACACUGGAAAUAAUAUGAGAAAAGCGCAAGCUACUCCAGCAAUUGGGAAUAAUAAAGACCAGACCCUUCCGGAUUUGUCAAACAUCUACCUCUCAUAUAAUUCAGAGACAGAAACGAAUUUGACUCCUCCGAAAAAAAUUCGAAGUCGAUCUGGAGUUCCUAGACCGACCACAGCCCAUCGACGCACACCUCUUCAAUAAUUAUUUUAUAGGCAAUUUUAUAGAAUUUUUUUUCUUUUUUUAGUGACCACUUACUCCUGAAAAAAUUAUUUUACUCAUAUGAUUUAUUAGCGGAAAACUCUAUCAAUUUUCGAACGUAGUCCUUUAUUUUUAAUCUUACUUUACUUUCGAAAGUAUUUUCUACAGUAUUUUUCUCAAAAGUAUUUUAUUUUAUAAAGAUAGUGUUUUAAUUUCCGAAGUAUUUUUUAUAAAUUCUAUUGAAUAGACAAAUCAUGAAUAGUGGUCUUCAAUUCUCAUGCGAGUAGAACCAAAGAUAAAUAAAAGUCGCGAUUGUCACUGUAGAUUAUAGGAGAUAAUUAAACACUUUAAAUUAUAGAUUGUACAAAAAAAGUUGGAUUUAAGAAGAAUGAGUACAUAAUGUGAAGGUAUCUAUGAAUGUUACUUAUUA